CGUGCGGGCGGGCGGCGAGCGCGCCUCCCUCUGUCGCUCCGCCGCGGCUGCCCCCGCGCGCCAGACGGCCGGCCCGAGCGGGGAGGCGAGGAGGCGGCCGGGCAGGGCAGGCAGCGCCCGCCGCUCCUCCUCCGGCUCGCAGCCGCUCCAUGGCCGCCUGAGAGCCGCCCAGAGCGCCGCGCCAUGGAGCCACCGCCGCCGCCACCGGGCCCGGGCGCGCUCCUGCUCCGCCUCUCGCUCCUGCUGCUGCUGCUGCUCCUGCCGCGCAUCGCCGCCGUGGAAGAAACGCUGAUGGACUCCACUACAGCAACGGCAGAACUUGGGUGGACGGUGCACCCACCAUCAGGGUGGGAAGAAGUGAGUGGCUAUGACGAGAACAUGAACACGAUCCGGACUUACCAGGUAUGCAACGUUUUUGAAUCUAGCCAGAACAACUGGCUGAGGACCAAGUAUAUCCGGAGGCGGGGGGCCCACCGCAUCCACGUGGAAAUGAAGUUCUCCGUACGGGACUGCAGCAGCAUCCCCAACGUCCCCGGCUCCUGUAAAGAGACCUUUAAUCUCUACUAUUAUGAAUCCGACUUUGACUCUGCUACCAAGACGUUUCCCACCUGGAUGGAAAACCCUUGGGUGAAAGUGGACACCAUUGCUGCGGACGAGAGCUUCUCUCAGGUGGACCUCGGGGGCCGGGUGAUGAAAAUCAACACCGAGGUGCGUAGCUUUGGGCCUGUCUCCAAAAAUGGAUUUUACCUGGCCUUCCAGGACUACGGAGGCUGCAUGUCCUUGAUUGCCGUCCGUGUUUUCUACCGUAAAUGCCCGCGGAUCAUCCAGAACGGAGCUGUUUUCCAGGAGACUCUCUCUGGAGCCGAGAGCACUUCACUGGUGGCUGCAAGGGGUACUUGCAUCCCCAACGCUGAAGAGGUGGAUGUACCGAUCAAGUUAUACUGCAACGGUGAUGGAGAGUGGCUGGUGCCCAUUGGGCGCUGCAUGUGUAAAGCUGGAUAUGAGUCGGAGGAGAAUGGGACGGUCUGCAGAGGCUGUCCCUCCGGAACCUUCAAAGCCAUCCAGGGGGAUGAAGGGUGUGUUCACUGCCCCAUCAACAGCCGGACCACAUCAGAAGGUGCCACCAGCUGCGUCUGCCGCAACAGCUAUUAUCGGGCCGAUUCUGACCCACUGGACAUGCCAUGCACCACCAUCCCAUCAGCCCCACAGGGGGUCAUCUCAAGUGUGAACGAGACCUCUCUGAUGCUGGAAUGGAAUCCGCCCCGGGACUCAGGAGGCCGAGAGGAUUUGGUCUACAACAUCAUCUGCAAGAGCUGUGGCUCGGGCCGAGGGGCCUGCACCCGCUGUGGGGACAACGUGCAGUUCACGCCACGUCAGCUGGGCCUAACCGAGCCCCGCGUUUACAUCAGCGACCUGCUGGCCCACACCCAGUACACCUUUGAGAUCCAGGCUGUGAAUGGUGUCACCGACCAGAGCCCCUUUUCACCACAGUUUGCUUCAGUCAACAUCACUACAAACCAAGCUGCCCCUUCAGCUGUUUCCAUCAUGCACCAGGUGAGCAGGACCGUGGAUAGCAUCACCCUCUCGUGGUCGCAGCCAGACCAGCCCAAUGGAGUCAUCCUGGACUAUGAGCUUCAGUACUAUGAGAAGGAUUUGAGCGAGUUCAACGCCACCGCGGUUAAGAGCCCCACCAACACUGUCACAGUGCAGAACCUCAAAGCUGGCACCAUUUACGUCUUCCAGGUGCGGGCACGCACGGUGGCAGGCUACGGGCGCUACAGCGGCAAAAUGUACUUCCAGACUAUGACGGAAGCUGAAUAUCAAACCAGUAUCCAGGAGAAGCUGCCCCUUAUCAUCGGCUCCUCUGCCGCAGGGCUGGUUUUCCUCAUCGCCCUGGUCGUCAUCGUCUUGGUGUGCAACAGUCCACCUGCCUCCCGCUCAGCACGGUGCUCUCCUUCCAGAAGACGAGGAUUUGAGCGCGCCGAUUCCGAGUACACAGACAAGCUGCAGCACUACACCAGCGGACACAUAGUGACCCCUGGCAUGAAGAUUUACAUUGACCCCUUCACCUAUGAAGACCCAAAUGAAGCAGUCAGAGAGUUUGCAAAGGAAAUCGACAUCUCAUGCGUCAAAAUUGAGCAGGUGAUCGGUGCAGGGGAGUUCGGCGAGGUGUGCAGCGGCCACUUGAAGUUGCCCGGCAAGAGGGAGAGCUUUGUUGCCAUCAAGACCCUGAAAUCCGGCUACACCGAGAAGCAGCGUCGGGAUUUUCUGAGUGAAGCCAGCAUCAUGGGCCAGUUCGACCACCCCAAUGUCAUCCACCUGGAGGGAGUGGUUACCAAGAGUACCCCAGUCAUGAUCGUGACGGAAUUCAUGGAGAACGGCUCUUUGGAUUCCUUCCUGCGGCAAAAUGAUGGGCAAUUCACGGUGAUCCAGCUGGUGGGUAUGUUGCGGGGCAUCGCCGCUGGCAUGAAGUACCUGGCCGACAUGAACUACGUCCACCGGGACCUGGCAGCCCGCAACAUCCUGGUUAAUAGCAACCUGGUCUGUAAGGUCUCAGACUUCGGCCUGUCCCGCUUCCUGGAAGAUGACACUUCGGAUCCCACCUACACCAGUGCCUUGGGUGGGAAGAUCCCAAUUCGCUGGACAGCGCCCGAAGCCAUCCAGUACCGGAAGUUCACUUCCGCCAGCGACGUGUGGAGCUACGGCAUCGUCAUGUGGGAGGUGAUGUCGUACGGGGAGCGGCCUUAUUGGGACAUGACCAAUCAAGAUGUAAUAAAUGCUAUUGAGCAAGAUUACCGGCUGCCGCCCCCCAUGGAUUGCCCCAGUGCCCUGCACCAGCUUAUGUUGGACUGCUGGCAGAAGGACCGCAACCACCGGCCGAAAUUCGGGCAGAUAGUCAACACCUUAGACAAGAUGAUCCGAAAUCCGAACAGCCUGAAAGCCAUGGCACCCCUCUCUUCAGGAAUUAACCUCCCCUUACUGGACCGCACAAUUCCAGACUAUUCAAGUUUCAACACAGUGGAGGAAUGGCUUGACGCCAUUAAGAUGGGCCAAUACAAGGAGAGCUUUGCCAAUGCUGGCUUCACCAACUUCGAUGGGGUCUCCCAGAUGACAAUGGAGGACAUUCUGCGAGUCGGGGUCACGUUAGCAGGGCACCAGAAGAAAAUUCUGAACAGUAUCCAAGUGAUGCGCGCACAGAUGAAUCAGAUCCAGUCGGUGGAGGUUUGAGAAGCGCACGCUGUGACUUGCACACCACCUCCUCGAGGCCCUGCCCCCCUGUUUGUCCCCAUGUGUCUUGAGCUCUUGCGGGCCCUGUGUACCCCCUCACAGAGAUGGCGGCGACAGGGAAAGGAACAGCUUCGAGGCAAAGUGGUGACAGAUUUUGAGUAUCCCCCCAAAAAAGGUUACAAAGAUUCUUCUUUAGAAGGAUAUUUAAAGACAACGGGCACUGAAAGGCCUUUCUUUUCCCAAGGGCUCUGAGACAGGCUGAGAAAGGGAUCGGGGAGCAGUGCCUCUUUCAUUGCAUGAGACUUUUCAGCUGGGGGCCCAGCUGUCUCCCGGAGUGCAAAGUGGACCAGGAAGUCUGGGAAUGCCUGGGGCGGGGUGGGGAAGAACCAAACUGCACAUCCCUCCAACUCUUGCUGGGGAUGGGCUCUCCCCAGCAGCCAGCAGCUCACUGACGGGCAUGGAGGGACAAGGGUUAGCCGUUUCCCAUAUGAUGGGUCAACCAUUUCUCAACACCGGUGGGCUACACGGCCGAAGAAGUCCUUUGAACUUUCUUUUCCUUUGAAGGACUGGAACCAGAAGUAUGUUUUUCUUUUCUCCCCUGCCCCUUCUUUGUGAAUGAACGAGAAUCUGUGGCCCUCGCCGGGGAGAAGAAAGUCGAGGGGUAAAUUUUUGGAGGUUAUUAUUCUCUGCUGCGCUGGGACCAUUUUGUGUGUGGCGCUUCCCAGAGGCUCCGUCCUCCCCGAACUGCCUGGUGGCAGCUCCUACAUAUCAUAUGCACAAGACAUUUGCAAGGCCUCACUAGAAUUGCCAAGGACCUGCCCCCAGCAGGCAUCUCCCCUCCUCGACCCCCACCCUGUGCCAUGUUGUAGAUUUGAUGUGCAUUUUCCAUUCGGUUAUUGUCGUUUGGAGGGGGGGAGAGAAACCUUUUGUUGUUUUCUUCUUUGUUUACAACCGUUUGCGGGUGGAGGGAGGCGGGUGGCUUUUUUUGGGUUGUUCAGUUGAGUUUGUAUGAAAGCAGGAUGACAUUUCCAUUAUCCUCGUCUCCCACUGACACACUCCAUCUCCUCACAAAGAGAACAAGAUGGCUUCCUGGCUGGGCACUUCCAUGGAGGGGAGGGAGGAAAGAGGGAUCGAGCGUUUCGGACAUCCUCACAUCGUCCUGUCAGCUCCAGUUCUUGCUGGGCCACGGGCUUCUCAUAAUUCUUCCAUCCUUGAGGAGCCUUCACCUGCCCGACACAGAAGAUCCAGUGGUGGCAAUCAAGAUUAUGAUUAAAAAAUAAUAAUACAACUACCUUGGGCCAAAAAUGGGCAGGGUAUAAAUAUAAUAAAGAACCACUAUGAGAAGGAGAAAAAGAGAGAAAAGGAAUUCGGGCAUAGAACUGCAAGACAAUGUCAAAUUUAUGCAUUGGCUAUAUGGUAGUUACCAGCUGCCAAUUUGUGGGAAGGUUAUUUGGGGAGGAGGGGGCAGAGUCCUAGGAGAAAACUUAAAAAGGAGAAUUAAGUCUGGUUGUUUACCAGAAGUUCUGACCAUAAUGUUCCUGGCAACUCCUAGAGUUACUUGCAAAUGACCAGAUUACCAUAGAGUUUCUGGUGAUUUCUAGAACUACUUUUAUCACUUCUGGGUAGUUCUGGGAAUCAUUAGCUGCUAAGUGGUCAGAACCUCCGGUAAGUAUCUGGGGCCUUAUUUUUUCUGUUUUAAGUUUCUCUCCUGGCGGAUUGUGCUCCCCCCACCUUCAUCCCCAGUUUCUACCUGUCGAUCAACUGAGCAUCAGUGAGCAAUGGCUGCAAUCGGCAGGAGGUUUCCUGUCAUAUGUAGGCCAUUAGGAACCGUAGUUGAUGAGGUGAUUCCUAAUGUCUACACCACUUGGCAUUCUUCCUUUUGCGUUCACUUCCGUAGCCUCGGAGACAUUCAAAAUGGUGGGAAAUGCAGUUGGGGUGGGUUUAAGCUCUAUUGCUAUCAAGGUAGAGCCCCAGCAAGGCCCAAAGCCUUCCCAAGCCAUUCAGUUACAGCCUUCCAGAUUUCAGUCUUUCCACAUUUAGUACUGAGUCCAGGUCCUCUUUCGCAUGCUGUUAGUGUGUGGGUCUCAGACCAGCUGUCACUGAGCCUAGACCUUAACUGGAACAGGGUGUUUGAGAAGAGGACAGUUUGGUGCCACUCAUCACUUUGGAUGCCUUUCCUUGUGGGUAAGAGCCUACCUUUCGAAGGGAUCCAUUAUGGGAAUAUUUGGAAGCUCUACCAUGUCAGGGAGGUAUGUAUAGAGGCCUCUAUUUCUGUAGGGCAGUCAAUCGGUAGCCCAUACAUGAUUUGCCUCUCAGGGUUGCAGGAGAGCCUGGCCGCAAUGGCUCCUGGGCCAAUCAUGGCUAAUCAUGGAUCCCGGUAGAAUAUACUCCAGCUUGUAGGCUGAGUGUGUUACUUGCCUGGCAGGGUAGAGGGGAGGAAAGGCCUUGGAUGUAGCUCUGUUGAAAUCCUGGAAAGUGAGAGGUUCAUUAGAAUGCAGUGCACUGCAGUGGGACGUUUUCCAUUUGGUACAGGACGAAGACGUUCCUCAUACAAACCUCAUCUAAUCUCCAUGGUUGUGUGUCCCCAGUCCUCCAAAUCCGCUGCUGGACCCAGAAACCCAGGCUUAGUCUUCAAACUCUAUGACUUCUCCUUGAUUUCAGGAAGAAAAAUUCGGCAUACAGUUCUGUCAGUGGUCUGUUGGCAGAGGGCGGUCUUCACCAGCAGACUGGAAGCAGCUCUUACAUGAUCCAGCCCACUGUUUACAGCUAGCCAAGAUUACAGGGGAGCAUGUGCCUCUUAUGACCCCAGCGUGGUGUAGUGGUUAAGAGCAGGUGCAUUCUAAUCUGGAGAACCGGGUUUGAUUCCCUGCUCUGCCACUUGAGCUGUGGAGUCCUUGGGCUAGUCACAGUUCUUCAGAGCUCUCUCAG